AUGAAUGGGUAUGGAAAAAAGUUGUGUGACUGUUCUGCACCCAAAAGUGGAAUUAAAUUGAAAUCUAUUGAGAAUUUCAGGGCUAGAAGUGGGAUAAAAGUGCGAAGGGCAAUGACGAAGGACAUCAAUACACCCUUUUGCAUAUACAGAUCUAUUGGUGCACGGUGUAAAAUUAACAUUCAACACAUUUUGAGAUUUAAUUAUAAUUUAUUUCCCAGAUUUAACCUUAGAUUUAACUGCUUUAGCUGCAAUUCGACACGAAGGUCUUUAAUUUUCUUCAUUUUCUUCUUCAAAGCAGCACAGUCCCACAAAUACAGACCUAACUUUCUGGGACCCGCAAAAAAGUCUUCUUUCGUCGAAAAAAGCAAUGUUGAAAAGCUAACGAAGGUAUUGAGAGAAGACUUGAACUCAAAGGUUGACGAAGUGGUUGAUUUGAUAGCGACAGACUUGGAACGUGAAUUGCUGAAAAAUGGACUAACAAACCUUUCGCUUAUGCAACAAUCUGAUGCCAAGGCAUUUGGUGGUAAGGCAAAAGAGAUUAUAAAGAAAACACUGAUUGGCGUCAUGAGGUCACUGAUUCCAGUAUUUGAACGCUGGAUCCAUGACUCAGUACAGCCACCAGUUGUCGACAGGCACGUCUACACCGUCCUUAUACACCCCAUUGGCUACAGAAUCUGCGAACAAAUCCACGAAAAACUUAAAAUAAACGAACCUAACCCAUGGAAAAAUGAUGAAUUUGCUGAAGAAGAGAUGGAGGAGGAAGAAGAAGGAGAUUCAAUAUCCGACGAGGCUAUUGAUCAACUUCUAGACAUUGUAGCAUUGUGUUUAUUCCAUAAGUUUAAUUUAACAAAUUUUAAUUUUAAAAUUCAUCUAUUUAUAAAAUUUAAAUAUUUGAAAAAAUCAAAUAAUAAUUUUUUAUGA